UUCAUUAGUGUAGAAAGCUAAAUGUUGCUAGCUGCAAGUUCGGCCAAAGAAAAGCAGCCAGGUUAGGCAUUUUCAAUCUCCCAGGUAAGAACUGUCAGACGGACAGAGGGAGCAUCUGUAUCUCGGUGUUUUGGUGCUACGUAGUCGGGGUCUCAGUGGAGCAGAGACGACGCCCCGACUGCUGGAACAACCAGGAGCCGCCGCCAUUACCAGCCGACGCCAGCUAGCUGUUAGCACCAGCGAAGGCCUGAAGCCAGGUGUGAUGCAUUCGCUUGCUCAGGAAAUCCAGGGCUUCUCCAAAAACCACCUGAAGAAGCAGUCCACCCGUGUGACCACAAUGACCGGCAAGAAGUUGCUGGAAAAGAGGAGUGAUGGAGCAGAAGGAAAGGUGGAGCAGGUUGAGGAGCUGGAGGAGGAGAGUGGAUGGGGAUUUGUAGAAGAUACCAGCCUUGAUCUUCAAGUUGGUGUUGUCAGACCCUUCCUGCUGCUAGUGGCACCAACAUCUCCUAUCAACUGUCAAGUACGGUGGUGGAGGGGGGAUGAUUUGGGCAUCUUGCAGUCGCUGAUUCAACCAUGUGUACCAAAGUAUUCUAGAGUCAAAUCUUCUCAGGAUGCUGCCCACGACAUCGACACCCUGCAGAGAUUUAAGGUGUCCCAUGUGCUAAAUGUGGCCUAUGGAGUCACCAACUUGUUCCCAGAUCAGAUGGUCUACAAGACGUUUCAGAUCCUGGACCUGCCAGAAACCGACAUCACGGCACAUCUGGAGGAAUGCAGCUCCUUCAUAGAUCAGGCUAGAGAGCAGGACGGUGUGGUGAUGGUCCACUGUAAUGCUGGUGUGUCACGCUCCUCCUCCAUUGUGAUUGGUUACCUGAUGUUAAGGGAGGGCCUUUCAUUUGAUGAUGCAUACAAGCAGACGAAGCUGGCUAGGCCAUCAAUUCGACCAAACCCUGGCUUCUAUCAGCAGUUACAGAACUUCAAGACUUAAAAGACAACAAAACAGCUCCAUCUGUUCUAGCCUUUAAAAAAUUAUAGUCAUGCUUCUGAAUAGAAGGAUUUAAUGGUAUGUUGACACUAGAAACACUGUGGUAAUGCAAUUCUUUACUCCAUAAACUACAGUGGCUUGUAAAAGUAUUCAUACCCCUUGAACUUUUCCACAUAUGGACAAUAAAAACUAUGUCUUGUGAAUCUAA